AUGAAGGGCUACCCCGACGCGGAAGAAAGAUCGGAGAUCGGCACUUCCCACCACCAUGACCGAACUUGUCCCCACGAGCAACAGCAAGCCUCGAUGGAAGAUUUUCACCCUCCCGUUGCCAAGGGUGCCCCGAGAGUUCCAGGAGCAAACUCCUUCGCACAACCGAAUUCGUUUUAUCCCGCCGGAUAUCGAUCACCUUCACCAGGCUGGCCGCCCUCGAUUGCAGGCCGUUCGGAAUCUUUCACACUAGUCGACAGUGCUGCUGGAUCCCGGUCCAGCGUUCGCUCAUGGCAAACCGAACGGCAGACGCCGGUCGAUUCUACCCUGUCAACUCGCCAUGGUGUUUCAUUCCCCACUGACUCUGGCCCUUCAACGCCCAUGAAUCAAAGCCACAUCAGCCUCACCGGGCUCCUCAAGCAAGCUCAACCACCAGCUGGCGGCAAGGACUGGACUGAGCAUGGCGGCGUUGAAAUCGUGCACAAGCGGGAUGACAGCAACAUUUGGAAAGGCUGGAGACGGCGUCUUUUCAGGCUGGUUCCCUUCCUGACCGUGGUCAACACUGCUUUCUACUUCAUUUAUUUGGGUCUGCGUAUUGCAUGCGUUGUCUCGGCGCAAAAGACGUUUCAGACGACUUACCACGCCGCUUGGCUUUUCAUCGCCGUGGAAAUAGCUGUCGCUCUUCCUUCACUACUGCACAACAGCUGGACUGUCAUGUCAGUAAAGAAGCGAUAUAGACCCAAGCUUCGCCUGAGAGGUGAGGACGUCCCUACCGUCGAUGUCUUUGUCACUUGCUGUGGCGAGGACGAUGAUCUUGUCAUGGACACUGUCCGAGGCGCGUGCGACGUCGACUACCCUUACGACAAGUUCCGUGUCAUUGUCCUGGAUGACGGCAAGUCAGAGACCCUCGAGGCUGCCAUCUCCCGCCUGGCCACGUCUCAUUGUAACCUCUACUACAUGGCUCGUGAGAAGAUUCCCGGAAGGCCUCACCACUUCAAAGCUGGUAAUCUCAACUACGGCCUCGAGCAAAGCCGGCUGCUUCCCGGCGGUGCUGGGCAGUUUAUGGCCGCCCUGGACGCCGACAUGAUUCCCGAGCGUGAAUGGCUCCGAGCAACUCUUCCUCACCUCCUCAUUGAUAGCAAGAUGGCUCUCGCGUGCCCUCCCCAGCUGUUCUAUAACACGCCGCCGUCCGACCCUCUCUCGCAAAGUCUCAAUUUCUUUGUUCACGUCAUCGAGCCCAUCAAGGACUCGCUUGGUGUUGCCUGGUGCACCGGCUCCGGCUAUGUCGUGCGACGUGAAGCCCUCGACGAAAUUGGCAAUUUUCCUCUCGGAUCGUUGGCCGAAGAUGUCGCCACUUCCUCUCUCAUGCUGGGCAAGGGCUGGAAGACUGCCUACGUUCACGAACCGCUUCAAUUCGGUACCGUCCCCGGAGAUUUCGGAAGUCACUUGAAGCAGCGCACUCGUUGGGCCAUUGGGACCGUAGACACAUCAUUCAAGCUCAAUUUUUGUUUGUGGGGUGAAAAGGUUCGCAAAAUGACGGCUGCCCAGCGAUUCUCGGGAUUCCUCUACGCCACGCUCAGCUUACACACGAUACUCGUCUCCAUCUCGAUGUUUGGCAUUCCCGUCAUUCUGAUCAUGGGCAAAGCUUUGGUUGCCUACGCCACGGAGGAGCAGCUCCGUUGGCUCAUUCGCGCGUGCUUUGUUUCCACCAUCAGCAACCGUCUAUGGGAUUUUGUCCUCUUCGCGCCUGCCGGCUACCACACCGGCCAGCGUGAAUCCCGAUACCAGCUUUGGAUGUCGCCCUACAUCGCUCUGUGUCUCAUCCGUUCCUUUCUGCUACCCAAGUGGCUGGGAGGCCAGGUGCAAGCCUUCAAACCUACGGGUUCCUUGGCCUCGGCUUUGAACGAGCGUCACCCCGCACUCAAGAAGAACAUGGUCCGCCGCCUCUGGACCAUUCUCGUCAACUACAUGGGAUUCUUCCACCUGGCAUUUGUUUACACGACUCUUGUUGGCGUGGUGCUGACCUCGUACCGAUGCUUCGUUCGCACAGACAGCACACGUUCGCUUUUGCUCUGCCUGGUGACGCAUGCCUUUUGGCCGCCAUUGACCUUUAUGUUUUUGUGCAGCUCUGCGUGGACACCAGUCGCCUAUGCCAUCGACCCGCCGCAGAUAGAAGAGCGCGAGCACCUCCUCGUCCGCGACCCUAAGACCAUGGUUGCCCAUCCUACCGCCAAGAGCAAGAAGAUUGCCUUUGGCGGCCAGGCUGCUUGGUUCGAGUUUGAGCUGACCACGUCCACCAUUUAUACGGGUCUGAUUUUUGCGCUCUCCUUUGUACGAGUCUAA